GACUCUUACAAUAGCAUCAACAGAAAAAGACAAACGAAAUUCUCAAAUUGAAGCUGCAAUAGAGAUAAUAAUGAAUGUGAAGAAAGCUAAUGAACAAAGACUACUAUCCAGAUCAAACAGAGAACAGCAGCUAGCUUCGGAUUUGACAGCAUCUUGUGGAUUAGUGCUAAAUCCUGAGACAAUUUCAUUAGGCAUUGACAGUGUAGAGAACGCUGAUGACUUCAUCAAUGUUGGACGAGUCCUUGGCAAAGGCAACUGCUCGGGAGAAGUCAUUGUAGUGAAAGAUAAAGUGACAGAAAAAGAAGUAGCAGUCAAAAACUGUAAAUAUCUGUUCAUUAUUCUGGUUUCUCACUUUAAUGAUGAUGAAAUAAAAGCUUGGAUCAGACUCGGAGAUGAAGAUAUGGCCCCAGAGUUGUAUCACUUCAGACUGGUUGAUGGGAAGGUUGAGGUUUCCAUGGAACCGCUGACAGGCCACACAAUGGAACAAGUAACUGAGCUCUGGGUGCAGAUGUAUCAACAGGACAGCAGCAUUGCUGAAAAGCUGUCGCUAUGUGUCUUAGAUGAUCUUUUAGGAAUCCAUGAUAAACUGAAGCCUUUCAGCCAUGGAGACAUACAUGCUGGAAAUGUCUUUUUGGAAAAUUCCAUGACUGUUAAGCUGAUUGACUUUGGGGAAGCCAGAAAUUUGAUCCGGCUCUCAUCUCUUGACAGAGGUAUGGCCUUGAGGAAUGACCUUGUGGGCAUCAUACGUAUCUUCUGUGCUCUGUAUUCUGGUGUUGAUUUUAAUGAUAUCUGGGAUGCUAAGAAACAGUUAGCAGAAAAUGAUCUGUCUCAGCUGAAUGCGAACAUACAACAUAUUUCAGAAGCUUCCCGUAAGGAUCUGUUUAAAAUUAUGAGUAUGUUGUAUGACACCGUACGUGAUUCUAACUCUAAUCAGGAAGGUUUUGGAGACACUUCACGUGUAGCAACACAUAUCAAGACUCUCUUGCCUAAAGAUAUUGAGAACUUUAAGAAGAAAGUUGCGGUCAUACUUUUUCCAGAGAAUGCUGCAUUUGUUAAAAGUCAAAAUCAUAUUACCCCCCUUGGGCCCCUGGUGCAAAACCCCCUGGGACUCAAAGAGUUAAUCAUUAUUAUAUAUAUUUAUAUUUGUAGUCAUCAUCUUUUUUUUUUACAUGAGAUUUUACAAAUUGUGUGUUCAUUCACAUGUGUAUUCGUUCAUAUCUGGUGGGCACCCUUGCAGAUAAGAGUAUUACAUUGUUCUUUAGGUCUUAGAUUGUAUUAUUUAUUCUUCUCAUUAUUUGUUUAG